CACGAAUGGUUUUCAUCGGCGAUGAGACCGAUGACAGUUCGCUGAGCGUUGUAUGUGGUCGGUGUAUCGUAACAAGCGAUUCGUAGAAUCUCGUUAGUUUUAGGAUGUGAAGGAUCUAAGGCUUUAUCGUGUGCGGAAGUAGAAAAACGUACCAAGCCAACGCGUUUCUCUUCGAUACGUCAAAAAAACUUUUUUCAUCUUGGCAGAUCGCUCUGUUUACAAUGUUUCCUACCGCAAAAAACAAUGCUCCAAUUUUUUAGAAAAUCUGGGUUCAGGGACAAGUCCAGAUCAUCACAGAACUCUCCUGCAAAGUCAACAAGUUCAGGAACAUCACCAGGGAAAGAUGGAUAUGUUACGUCACAGAUUCAGGCAGGCACGCUGUGCAGCCUCGAGGAGGAAGAGGAAAGCAAUCUCCACAAUGAACAUAAAACAGACAUUUCCUCGUUUCGCUCUCGUUUAUCCAAGACAUUACCAGAGAUCCUUGCAGACAAGGGAGCCCUUGGUUAUUUUAUUCAAUUUUUGGAAUCAAGAGGAUGUAUAGGCCUGAUCAAACUUUGGUUGGAAGUAGAGUGUUUACAAGGUGCUACUUCCACCCCAGAAUCUCUAGAGGAGGAGAAACUUCCUGAUGUCAGUGAUCACCGUGUUGAUGAGUUUAAUAGUUUAUCAAGUUCAUCAGACAAUAACGAUAGUCCUAAUUGUAGCAUAGUAGCAAAAAAUUCCAAUUAUCAUGACAGUGAUCAGCUAUCCAACGAUCUGUGUGUACAUAGUAACGAGGUCAAAUCAAACUGCAAUCACAUGCCAAAGACUAGUCAGCCGGUGAGAAGAGCUCGACAAUCAAAUCGCAUCUCCGGCAGCAACAGAUGUAAGGCUACAACAACGGGUCAAGAUGCCUUACGAAUUUAUAAGAAGUACAUUGUAAAGGGUGUACUUGGUGCAAAUCAUAUCCAAGAGGAACUUCGAUCCGAAAUGGAAGAAGCAUUCUCUACUAACAAUGUAGAAAGAAUACUGAAGUGCUUGUCUGUCGUGCAGCGGAUUGUUUAUAAAAUAAUAGAAGAUGAGCACGUUAAUGACUUUUUAAGAAGUGACUUCCAUUGUAAACACCAAAUUGACGUUCUUACCAGUGGAAAUGUACAGUUGUCAGAUAUAUUGUACAACGAAACAGCCUUCUUUUAUUUCAUGGAGUUCAUGGAACUCGAAAAUAAGCGAGAGUUACUCGAUUUUUGGAUGGCGGCUGUCAAUUAUAAACAAAAUCUUUUAGAGAAGGACGGCACAACUGAUCCUUUGGAAGCAGAGACCGAUGCUCUCAUCAUUUACGAUAAAUAUUUCAGCUUACAAGCAACAAUGCCGCUUGGAUUCUCAGACAAAAUUCGCUUCCAAGUUGAGCAAAAUAUUUGUCGUGAAGGUGGCAAAGGACCUGAACCAGAUUGUUUUGAUCGACCCUGUACAAUUGUAUAUAACUUCCUGAACAAGCAUUACCUGGCCGCGUUCUUAUCAUCACAGCUGUAUUAUAAAUAUCUAUCAGAGCUGAUUAGCACGAUUCAGAGCAGUCCGUGUCCAGACCUGCAUCCUCGAAUACGAAGAGCAGGCUCUGACUGUAGUAGUGAAAUCAGUACUGUGAGUAUCAGCACACAAAGUACCCUGCAGGCAGGGAACGAAGAAAACAGAUUAACUAACAAUUCAUCAUCGGUUAAUGGAAGUAUGAGCAUUGAUACCAGACAAUUGUACGAUCCUGAUUCCUUGUGGAGACGAACUAAAUACAAGCUGAGUGUUGGGUAUGUCGAUGGAAUGGGUAGAUUCGUGACAGAGAUAGAACCAGAUCCACAGAGAAAAUAUGAAUCUCGAUUGUCACGUGUUGUUAAAAGACUCGUUAAAAUGGAGCAGGAUAAGGCUAAGGAAGAAAUGGCUUGGAAAAUUGCUGAGAUGAUUAUACGUGAAAUCACCUCGUUAACGCUAGGAACAUCAAAUCUUCCAUCCUGAUACCGUGGAAAGACAGUGGACACCAUUUUGGUAUUUAUAUGUUGGUUUCCGUUUGACAUAUUCUUUUUUUUUUCACUCCUUUGUUCUCAUUUCUAAUUGAUCAGUCUUCCCGCGUGAUAUUUAAUUUGUUCAAAAGUCACUGUUGUUCAAGACAUACGUCAAUGGGAGUUUUUACUGAACAAAAAUACGGCAUACCAUUCAAUAGUGUAUUACUGGUUAAAUUAAUAACAUGGUCUCUCGAGAUUCCCGAAUUCAUUCUAUUACUUCUUUGAUGUCACUUUUAAAAUGGCAUCUUAAUCAAGUAUUUCAAAGUGCCAAAAUGCAGUAACCCAACAAAUCAAUACGGUUAAUUACUUACCCUGUGCUGUUGUUUGUAUGAUUUUUGCUUCUUUUGUUUUCUCUCCUAUUCUACGUCGCUGUGAUCUAUCAAGUUCUCUGAAAAUCUUACUUAUAGCAAUCUUCGUUUUUUGUUUUUUUUUUAUUUCUACGUUCAAAGCUAAGUUCCGUUUGUCUCAUAAAAUCGUUUUACUUUAAUGAGAUUAUUUUAAAGUACUUUGCAAUCACUUUAUAUCUAUCCGUACGUUAUACUAUUCUAUACUAUACUAUUAACGGACACACAUUUAUUUAUUAUUAAAAAUAGGAUUAACAAGUACAUAUGUAUUGAUGCUUAUGGCAAUGUUCAAUGCUUAUGGAAUAAUUUCAUUUGGAAUGAGGUGCUCGAUAUUAUACCUUGAUUCGUAAUGUAAGAAAUAUUUUUAUCUUUUUUUGUUCGUUUUACUUUUAUUAACGUAAUACAAAAGCAACGGGUGCCCUUGACUGAUAAUUCUCUUUUGUUAAAAUUAUUUUACUUCUCUGUGUAGAAUUAUCACUCAGAGACAAACCAUACAAGAGAUUAAAUGACACCAGUUUUACAAUAUUAAUGAAUUUAUUCGUAUAGCUGGCACCCAUGUUCAUUUUUAAGAAUUAUUCUUUCUUAUGUUUUUAGUAAUUUACUUGUAAAAUUACAAUACGGAAAUGCGAACAUAUGAAAUGAUGUACUUGUCGCUGGCAUUUUAAAUACUAAAAAUGGACAUGGAAAGCAUUCGAUAACAAAUUAAUAAAAAAGAAAGGAAACAAAAAUAAUUGCACUAGCUCCAUUCGCUGGAAAAAUAGAUCUGGCAUAAUAGUCAUUUUUUAAUUUAAGUUUUCGCGUAGUAAAUUUCCUCGUCCCCCAAUACAGUGAUUCGUUCUCUUCCGAUAUUUUAAUUAAUAAUUUUUAUUUAACCUCUUAAAGACGUUUUUAAAUAACGUUCAUAAUAUCCACGGUGCUUCGCACGUAUAAGAAUUCGUGUCCACGCUCAUGUCAAUCCGAAUAUAUAAAUACAAAAUAUUUUCACGUAUGGUUCCACAGUGUUAUACCGAGACUAGAUGAUGUAGUGAUAGAAAUUUUUUCUAUUGUAUAAAAACGUUCUUGUUAAUACAAAAAAAAACACCAUGGUGUUAAAGGCUUCAAAAUUGGCCGAGUUCGAUUUGAAAAGGAAUUUAAUAAGUUCGAGAUAUAAUAUAGAUAUAUUGUCUCGGGUGAUUCAUAUUCGAUUAGAGAAUAUUUUGUAAAAAUUAUUUUCGGAACUCAGGUUUUGCUAAUGGUGCUAAUAAUUCCGAAAUUUAAUAAGUCAAAUUUUAAUAGGAUUUGAAAAUUGAGAUUAAGCGAUCAAAAAUAGCUGCCCUAUUAGUUAUACGACACUCGAAUCGUACCCCGCGUUUGGGGAAUUCAAUUGUAUUUAAAAAGAAUGAACACAUGAAUCCCUGUGCUCGAUAUAGAUGUAAA